AUGAGUAGAUUGUUCAAAUACGAUGUUGCAACAUUAAUCAGACUCGUUGAAAGUUAUCCCUGUAUAUGGGAUAAAACAGCUGAUUGUUAUAAAGAUAAAAUCGAAAAACUAAAGGCGUGGUCAGAAGUUUAUGCAUUUUUAGAAGAAGAUUUUACACAAAAAGACAAGAAAGAACAACAAAAAAUAGGUGAAGCAAUUACUGGAAAAUGGCAAAACAUCCGUGACUCCUUUGUGAAGUCUCUAAAGAAAAAAUCUGGUCAAGCCACCAAGAAGAAGUAUUUAUAUCAUGAUAAUCUCACAUUUUUGUUAAAAGUAGUGCAUUCAGAUGACACAGAGUAUGAUAACCUCACAUUUUCAUUAAAAGUGGAGCAAUCAGAGGACACCGAGUCAAGUAUAGAUGGUCCCCAGCAAGAACAGCUAAAUGAAACCCAUGGUGAAGAAGAAGCAGAGGCAGAAAUAGAAGUGCAAGCACAGAGGAAUGUUGGUGCAAGACCUAGAGAAUCAUGGAAUCCAGCAAAAAAGCCUAGACUGCAAGAGGAUAUCAAUACAACAGAUUUAGCAGCCCUGAAAAAUACAAUUGAUGAGGAUGAGGCAUUUUUUAUUUCCGUUAUUCCUUCUGUACGAAAAAUGUCAGAGGAAGAUAAACUGGACUUUCGAAUCAAUGUGUUAAAGGUAAUACAAGACAUCAACAGGCGGAAAAACAACCACCCACAACUCACCCCAUUUUCUGCAACACUUUCUUCAGCAGCAGUGUCUAUGAAAAUGUCCCAAGACUCUUUACCAUAG